UCUCUUUCUCUCUCUACUCUUUCGCUCGAAACUUCUCGUCCUCUCUAUUCUCUCUCUCUCUUCUUUGAUCAUGGGGAAAAUCAAGAUCGGAAUCAACGGUUUUGGAAGAAUCGGUAGGUUGGUGGCUAGAGUUGCUUUGCAGAGAGACGAUGUUGAACUCGUUGCUGUUAACGAUCCCUUCAUCACCACCGAUUACAUGACCUACAUGUUCAAGUAUGACAGUGUUCACGGUCAGUGGAAGCAUUUUGACCUCAAGGUCAAGGACGAAAAGACCCUUCUCUUUGGAGAGAAGACCGUCACUGUUCAUGGCAUCAGGAACCCAGAAGAGAUCCCUUGGGGUGAGAGUGGAGCGGAUUUCGUUGUGGAGUCCACCGGAGUUUUCACUGACAAGGACAAGGCUGCUGCCCAUUUGAAGGGAGGUGCAAAGAAGGUCAUCAUCUCAGCUCCUAGCAAGGAUGCUCCCAUGUUUGUUGUGGGUGUCAACGAACAUGAGUACAAGCCAGAGCUCAAUGUUGUUUCCAAUGCUAGUUGCACUACCAACUGUCUUGCUCCCCUGGCCAAGGUCAUUAAUGAUAAAUUUGGAAUUGUCGAGGGUCUGAUGACCACUGUGCACUCGAUCACUGCCACACAAAAAACUGUUGAUGGACCCUCAGCGAAGGACUGGAGAGGUGGAAGAGCUGCUUCAUUCAACAUCAUUCCUAGCAGUACCGGUGCUGCCAAGGCUGUUGGGAAAGUCCUGCCUUCUUUGAACGGAAAGUUGACCGGAAUGGCUUUCCGUGUACCCACCGUUGAUGUUUCGGUGGUCGACCUCACAGUAAGGCUGGAGAAGGCGGCUACCUAUGAGCAGAUAAAGGCUGCAAUCAAGGGGGAGUCCGAGGGAAAACUGAAAGGCAUCUUGGGUUACACUGAGGAGGACGUGGUUUCCACUGAUUUUGUUGGUGACAGCAGGUCAAGUAUCUUCGACGCAAAGGCCGGAAUUGCUUUGAAUGAGAAGUUUGUUAAGCUCGUUUCCUGGUACGACAACGAGUGGGGUUACAGCUCCCGUGUGGUUGACUUGAUUGUCCACAUCGCUAAAACCCAGUGAAAUGGGUAAGACUGGCUUCUUCGGUAUGCUAUAAUGCUAAUAGCGUCCAUCGUAUUGGCUGAUUUUAUUCAGCCUUCUGCUUCAUAUCGACAAUAAGAGAUGUGCCACAAACGACUUUGGUAUUUGUGCCUAGUCUUUUGUACUUUAGAUCUUUGAGGUUUCAUUGUAAUGGGGGAAUACCCUAUGUUUUUGUUUUCAAGAGUAUUGAACCUGUUUGACGGUAUAUGUGUUUUGCUUAAAUUUUCUGGAGUUUGACUCUCU